CACACACCAAAGCUUCGCACCGUGCGGCUUUUUGAGGCCAUACCGAUACGAAGUCCUGCAGCUCGUUCGCUUGAUCACUGCUAACUUACCCCAGUCCGGCUCUGAACACAUCCAUGGCCAAGAAGCGACAUGCUUGUCCUGUCUGUGCUACUGCCUUCCUGACCCUUCUUGAGCUGCGACGCCACGGAAAUUCGAUGAAACAUGGUCUUGUCGGGAUUUUCUACGUUUGUUCGGAUUGCAACAGGAACUUUCAGACAGCCAAAGAUCUGCAGAAUCAUGCAUCGGCCAAGCGACACCGUCUAUACAAGCCCGUGUCGUCCACUGUAGCUGCUUCUAGUGCGUUUGACGCGACGUCGGUCCCCGCACAAACCACACUAGCAACGACGUCUGCUACACUACCGCCUUCCCCGGCUGCACAGUAUAGAUGUCAAGUCUGUACUUUGUCCUUCAGCUCAGAGGCUGAGAUCAAUGCCCACUACAAGAGAUCCUUCGUACAUCCGUCCUGUAGCACAUGCGGCGAAGGUUUUAGGGACAACGAACGCCUUUCUCAGCAUCUACGGGCCACCCAUGGGACCGACACUAUAGCUAGUCGGUCUGCAGCAAACACCAAACUAGAUGACCCGUCGACAUCGUCGAGCCGUAGCAUAUGCUCAACGUGCUUGAUGACGUUCACCGAUGACGCUAAGCUGUUUGAGCACGAGAAUACUGACCAUCUCUGUGCCCGCUGCGAUCAGUGGUUCUCAGGGCGGAGAGCUCUGCGGCAACACUUCAACGAGUCCUCGAUGCAUCCGAGCUGCUUCCAUUGCCAGAAGGGGUUCGUGGGGGAUGUGGAGUUCUCCAAGCAUCUCGUCGAGGAACACGACAUUCCGAUAGCAGCUGAAUUGGUCUCCACGGCGAGGUCAUCGACUGAAGCUAAUCGAGCUCCUAGCAGCCCGCCUCCUCCAGUUUAUGAACAGCUGGAAACCGUCGAAGUACCUCAGAUCGAGGUAUGAUAUGUUAUAACAAUCUGGAGAGCGAGCACACUGAUCGUGAUGUCUGUAGACCGCGAUUUCCGAGGAACGUGAAGAGGACAUUGUCUCUGACAGUGACUACGAACACAUUGGCCCUGACGAACGAUCGCCCGAUGCCAACGUGUGGGAGAUCC